AUGGAAAAUGAAGAGAGAGCUCAGUUAGAAAUGCAACACCAAAGAGAGUUGGAAAGCCUGAAAGAGGAUGUGGCAAGGCUCACUAGCUUGCUCGAGCAAGCUUUGAGGCCUAGAGCUGGGGAAGGAACAUCUUCUCAACAAACAUGUACACCUCAGCCUCCACCUUCCUUUAUUUCGCCAUUCGAACCUCAGCAUGCUGCUCCUUUCGCACCUACUCAAUCAGCACAUCCAAUGAGGAUCCCUCAUAUUGUGUUGACAGAAGAAGAACCUCAAAGGAACAAGAUAAUAGAGGAAAAUGGUCAUGAGAAACUAGCUGCCUUAGAAGAAAGAAUGAAGGCAAUAGAAGGGAAUAGUUUGUAUGAUCCCGUGAAGGCCGCUGAAAUGUGUUUAGUGCCUAACGUGGUUAUUCCUAGAAAAUUCAGAGUUCUAGAAUUUGUUAAAUAUACCAGAACUCAGUGCCCAAUCACCCAUCUUAAAGCAUAUUGUAAUAAGAUGGCUGAAGUAGUCCAUGAUGAGAGAUUAUUGAUCCAUUUCUUUCAGGACAGUUUAAGUGAUGCUGCUCUUGCUUGGUAUAUGCGUUUGGAUAAUACCAAGAUUAAAGGAUGGAAGGACUUGGUUGAUGCUUUUGUUAGACAAUAUAAGUUCAACAUGGAUAUUGCCCUAGAUAGAUCAAGUCUACAAGCCAUGGAAAAAGGCAAUAAGGAGUCUGUAAGAGAAUAUGCCCAAAAGUGGCGUGAAUUAGCCGCACAAGUAAGUCCUCCAUUGUCGGAAAGGGAGAUGACUGGCUUAUUUUCCAAUACUUUCAAAGCCCCGUACUUUGAGUACUUGGUAGGCAGUGCAGCACAAAAUUUCUCCGAUUUGGUUGUCAUAGCUGAAAGGAUCGAACAAGCCGUUCGGACGGGUAGGAUCGUGGAUCCUACUGAAAAAAGAGGUUUUAUUGGGAAGAGGAAAGAAACAGAAAUUCACAAUGUUGAAAGGGAAAAUCAAGUGCAACUUCCACCAUUACCCAUGUCUCUUACUGAAAUGCACCAAAGAUUGCUUAGUAUUGGUCAGGUAGCACCUAUUCCAUUAGAACCUUUACAACCACCAUUUCCCUUUUGGUAUAAACCCGAUCAAAAAUGUGAAUACCAUGCUGGUGCUGUUGGUCAUAAUAUUGAUGGAUGUAUUGCAUUCAAACAAAAAAUCCUUCAGCUUAUCAAAGCUGGUUGGAUUUCUUUUGAUGAAUCUCCAAAUGUGAAUUCUAACCCUCUACCAAAUCAUGCUUCUGGAAGCGGGGGAGUUAAUAAUUUGGAGAUAGGAAGGGGAAGUACAUCAACUUUAAGGGUGACUAUGGAUAAAUUGUAUGGGAUGUUGAGGCAAACAGACUAUUUAAAGACACCAAUCAAAGUACAAGCUGUAAGGAAUGAUAAUGAAUAUUGUAAAUAUCAUCAGCAGCUUGGGCAUGAUAUCAACUCGUGUGAGGAGUUCCAUUUGGAGGUAGAAAAUAUGAUGACAUUGGGAGUAUUAAGAUUAAUAAAACCCAAAGAAGAUGAGUUGGUAGGAACAAUGACUGGUUGUAACAAGAAGGUGGAAGUUUGUAGAUAUAUACCAACCGAAAAGGGUCCACCAAAAAUGAUCCUAACCAAGCUUAUGAAUACUGUUAGCGGGAGUUUUAGUGCCCAACCAUAUAAUUAUGGUUAUUUCUUUCACAACACAAAUCCUGCCCCUGUUUUCCAUGCUGAAAUAGGAGGACUCAUUCGAAGUGGGAGAUGUUUUACUCCUGAAGAGUUGGAAAAUCACAGAAAAGCCAAAGGAAAGGAUAUGGUGGAAUUGACAAAGACAGAUGAGGUUAAUAAGCCAGUAAGUGAUGAAGAGGCUAAUGAAUUUCUGAAAUUGAUGAAGCACAGUGAAUAUAGUGUGGUUGAUCAGCUAAAGAAAACACCGGCUAGGAUUUCUUUGUUAUCAUUAAUGUUGAGUUCAGAAUUGCAUAGGAACGUGCUUCAGAAGGUUCUUAAUGAAGCAUAUGUUCCUCAGGAUAUCACACAAGACUCCAUAGAACAUUUGGUGGGCAGGAUUCAAGCCACCAACUACCUCUACUUUACCGAUGAUGAGCUGGAUCAUGAAGGGACCGGUCAUAAUAAACCAUUGCACAUCACAGUAAAAUGCAAGGAUUGUGUGGUAGCUAAGGUGCUUAUAGAUAAUGGUUCUGCUCUCAAUGUAUUACCAAGACAUGUACUUGAUAAAAUGCCAGUUGAUGCCUCUCACAUGAAGCCAAGUACCAUGACUGCUAGGGCAUAUGAUGGGUCACCUCGACCAAUCAUUGGGAGUAUUGAUGUUGAACUAAUCAUUGGCCCACAACCAUUUCAAGUCACAUUACAAGUAAUGGACAUUCAUCCAUCAUAUAGCAUGUUACUUGGGAGACCUUGGAUCCAUGCAGCCCGAGCUGUCGCAUCUUCUUUACAUCAACGGGUCAAGUUUAUCAUCAAUGGAAAUUUGGUGACUGUGAGGGCUGAGGAAACUUUAUCAACAAUGAAAAAUGUAUCGAUCCCUUACAUAGAAACUGAAGAAAGUAAGGAUGGAAAUUUGCAUGCAUUUGAAGUUGUAAAUGCUGAAUGGGUACCAGAAAAUACGAUACGAAGGAAACCAGAAAUUUCUGAAGCAGCAAAAAUGGUUGCUAAAUACUUCUUAAAGCAUGGACUGCCAUUUCAAUAUGACCACACUACCGGAAUGCCUGAGAGGGUUAAUGUGAUAAAAAUGAAGUGCGCGGAUCAAAGGUUUGGCUUAGGGUUUAAGCCUGGGAAAGCAGAUUUCAAAAGAGCAGCUGAAAUUAGAAGAGAAAAGAGAAUGGCCCGGAUUGAAAGGAGAGAACCAGAUGAAGAUCGAAUGGAAAUCCCACCAAUCCAUGUAACGUUCCCAAGACCCGCAUAUGUGAUAAAAACUGAAGAUUAUGAGGGAGGACUAAGAAAGGAAUUCAAUGGUGUUACUAUCAAUUAUCUUGAAAAAGACAGUGAACAAGAGUUAAAGGAAGAAGAUAGUACUCAUGAACAGUUGCCUCAGCUGACUAUUAGCGUUUUGGAAGAUGGCUCAUCAGAAUUCGUGAGGAAACUGGCCGAGGGAGAAGAUUUAGCAAAUUGGGAAAUUCAUGAAGUUCUAAUUAUUUUCAAAAAGAAAUCUGAAAGUGGAUUGUCAUACACCUCACAAACUCAUUGCACUGUGGAUAAUUGGCUUAACUUUGAUGAAAAUAUAAUUGCCAUGGAUGAGGAAGAGUUUGGUGAAGAGGAUAUCCAUGAGUUCGCAAGGUUAGUCGAACAAUCUGACCGCACAUGGAAGCCUGCAAAAGAAGAAUUAGAACUGAUAAAUGUGGGCACCGAGGAUAAUAAAAGAGAGUUGAAGAUAGGGAAGUUAGUCUCUGCUGAUGAAAGAAGGAAAUUGAUUGCUCUUUUACAAGAAUAUGUUGAUGUUUUUGCCUGGUCAUACGCUGAUAUGCCUGGUCUGGAUACUGAUAUUGUGGUACAUAAACUACCUUUGAUAGAAGGUUGUAAGCCAGUUAAGCAAAAGUUGAGGAGGACAAGGCCAGAUAUACUAAUCAAAGUGAAAGAAGAAAUAAUGAAAUAGUGGGAUGCUGGAUUCUUGGAAGUAGUCGAUUAUUCUCAAUAGGUGUCCAAUAUCGUAGUAGUACCCAAGAAAGAUAACAAAAUCAGGGUAUGUGUGGAUUUCCGAGACUUGAAUAAGGCAAGCCCAAAAGAUAAUUUUCCUUUACCCCAUAUAGAUGUGCUAGUGGAUAGCGCUGCUAAGAGUUCUACUUACUCUUUUAUGGAUGGUUUCUCUGGGUAUAAUCUGAUUAAAAUGGCUGAGCAAGACAAGAAGAAAACAACAUUUGUCACCCCGUGGGGAACAUAUUGCUAUAAAGUUAUGCCAUUUGGAUUGAAAAAUGCUGGGGCAACUUAUCAAAGAGCAAUGGUGACACUAUUUCAUGACAUGAUGCACAAAGAAAUUGAGGUAUAUGUGGAUGAUAUGAUUGCUAAGUCUAAAGAUGAGGAAAACCAUAUCCCAGCUUUGAAGAAAUUAUUUGAAAGGCUGAGAAAAUAUCAAUUAAAGUUGAACCUUGCAAAGUGUACAUUUAGGGUGAAGUCAGGGAAGUUAUUGGGAUUUAUGGUAAGCAAUAAUGGCAUAGAAGUAGACCCUGAUAAAGUGAAGGCCAUACAAGCUAUGUCAACUCCUAAAACCGAGAAAGAAGUUCGAGGUUUUUUGGGGCGUUUAAAUUACAUUGCUCGAUUUAUUUCACAACUCACAGUCACUUGUGAACCAAUCUUUCAAUUACUUCGAAAGAAAAACCCUGGAGUAUGGGAUGAAGACUGUCAAAAAGCAUUUGAUAAGAUAAAACAAUAUCUGCAAAACCCACCUCUAUUGGUACCACCUAUGCCUGGAAAGCCUCUCAUUUUAUAUUUAACAGUGACUGAAUCAGCAAUGGGUUGUGUGCUUGGCCAACAUGAUGAGACCGGAAGAAAAGAACAAGCCAUCUACUACCUUAGUAAAAAGUUCACUGAGUGUGAAUCUCGUUACAGUAUGGUUGAGAAGUUGUGUUGUGCUUUGGUAUGGAGUGCGAAAAGACUCCGGCAGUAUAUGCUAUAUUAUACCACUUGGUUAAUUUCAAAGAUAGAUCCUCUGAAAUAUAUUUUUGAAAAACCGUACAUGUCAAAUAGGCUAGCCAGAUGGCAAGUGUUGUUGGCUGAAUAUGAUAUCAUCUACAAAACAAGAAAAUCCGUGAAAGGAAGUGCAAUCGCAGACCAUUUAGCUGAUAAUGCCCUUGAAGACUAUGAGCCAUUAAAUUUUGACUUCCCUGAUGAAGAUGUGUUAGUAAUAGAAAGUGAUUGGUGGACCAUGUACUUUGAUGGUGCAGUGAAUGUGUCUGGUAAUGGAGCUGGUGCUGUAAUAAUUUCUCCAGAAGGGAAACAAUAUCCCAUCUCCAUUAAACUGCAAUUUAGUUGCACAAACAACACAGCUGAAUAUGAGGCUUGUAUUCAUGGAUUAGAAGCUGCAUUGGAACUAAAGAUACAAAAACUAGAGGUAUAUGGAGACUCCAUGUUGAUAAUCUGCCAGACAAAGGGGGAAUGGAAGACAAAAGAUGAGAAAUUGAAACCAUAUCAAGAAUAUCUCUCCAAGUUGGCUGAAAAGUUUGAAGAGAUAGAGUUCAAUCAUUUAGGAAGGGAUAAGAAUCAGUUUGCGGAUGCUUUAGCAACCCUGGCCUCUAUGGCCACAAUCGAUUGUGGUAUCAGAGUACAUCCUAUAGGCAUUGAUAUCAGAAGUUCUCCUGCUCAUUGUUAUUUAAUAGAAGAAGAAAUUGAUGGCAAUCCUUGGUAUGCAGAUAUAAAAAGAUUCAUCCAAUAUCGAGAAUAUCCUUCUGAAGCUUCAAAGACAGAUAAGAAGACGUUGAGAAGAAUGGCCAUGGAAUACUUUCUAGAUGGAGAAAUCUUAUACAAAAGGGCAUUUGAUGGGACUUUAUUAAGAUGCCUAGACAGAUCAGAAGCCAAUAAAGCUUUGUAUGAAGUACACGGAGGAAUUUGCACCACCCAUGCAAAUGGACACAUGAUGGCGAGAAAAAUGCAAAAAGCAGGGUAUUUUUGGAUGACUAUGGAGAAGGAUUGUAUAGAAUUUGUCCGAAGAUGUCAUAAAUGUCAGGUGUAUAGUGACAAAAUCAAUGCGCCUCCAUUGCCCUUAUUCAAUAUGGUGUCACCUUGGCCAUUUGCAAUGUGGGGGAUAGAUGUGAUUGGGCCUAUUAAUCCAAAAGCUAGCAAUGGUCAUCGAUUUAUCUUGGUCGCAAUUGAUUAUUUUACAAAGUGGGUAGAGGCCUGUUCAUAUGCUCAUGUGACGCAGAAAGUGGUCAAGCGUUUCAUUGAGAGAGACCUAAUUUGUAGGUAUGGUUUGCCAGAAAGGAUAGUAACCGAUAACGCCAAGAACUUUAAUGGGAAGAUGAUCGUGGAAUUAUGCACUAAAUGGAAAAUCAAGCAUUCCAAUUCAUCCCCUUACCGACCAAAGAUGAAUGGUGCUGUUGAAGCAGCUAACAAGAACAUAAAGAAGAUUGUCCAGAAAAUGGUGGUUACAUAUAAAGAUUGGCAAGAAUGGCUUCCUUAUGCUUUACAUGCAUAUCGAACAGCAAUAAGAACGUCCACUGGGGCUACACCUUAUUCAUUAGUUUACGGAAUGGAGGCAGUGAUGCCUUUGGAAGUAGAGAUUCUUUCUUUAAGGGUCCUCAUGGAAUCUGAGCUAGAAGAGGCUAAAUGGGCAAGAAUACGAUAUGAACAGCUAAAUAUGAUCAGUGAAAAGAGAUUAGCUGCAAUCUGUCACCACCAAUUAUAUCAAAAAAGGAUAGCAAGAGCAUAUGACAGAAAAGUUCGACCAAGAGAGUUUGAAGCAGGAGAUCUUGUAUUGAGAAAAAUCCUAUUACUACCUAAUGAAAAUCAUAGCAAGUGGGCACCCAAUUAUGAAGGUCCUUAUGUAGUAAAAAAGGCAUUCUCUGGAGGAGCAUUGAUACUGACAGGAAUGGAUGGAGAAGAGUUGAGUAGGCCAGUGAAUUCCGAUUCUGUGAAGAAAUAUUAUCCAUGAUUGUAUAAGUUCUCAUCCAAUCAAUA